CGAAUCCUCACUAAACAGCAGUGGGUGCAACACAAGAGCACGUAAAAGAGCGGAGGGAAUCCCAAAUGAUAAGGCGGGCACCACUUGGCUCGAGUUGGUUAGUUUUUUGCUGGCAGGCGGAAAGUUCCAAGUUCGCGGUGGAGCUCAACCAUAGCAUUUAUUCGGUGAUCCCAUUCCCCGCUUUCAUGAAUUACUACUUUUCCAGAAAUUCCUUGGACUCUCGGCUUGCGUCCUAUUGUCGUCUCAAACUCCCCGGGGUCUCGGAUAAUUCAUUUGGCUCACUUUAACCCUCCCAAAACGACGAAACGGUUCCGUUCUUUUCCUCCCCGCCCUCCCCGUGGACCGAAGAUGCCAUUCUGAAGCUCUCCCGUGAUCCCCCCAAUUCUCGUCGACGUCAUCGGUCCGU